AUGUCCCAGGACCGAAGUCUGGGCACCAUGGCUAUAGCGAAGCGGUUCGAUAGCGACUCUUCUGAUGCCGAGAGCGUACGCCAGCCGUGGUGUCCCCCGCCCCCCACGGCGCCUGUCCGAGUCAAGAGGAAAGAGGUUGCGAAGCCUGUGCUACAACUUCCUCCUUUGCCUCCUGUUCCCGUAUCACCGGGACUCAUGAACGACAAUGGUCCCAAGAGCCCUCUCGAAAGAAUCUGGUCGAAACGCAAGACCAUUCUGGGCUGGUGGGAUCUUGAUCUGCUCGAGAAGAGACAGACACUCUUCGGAGGAAAAAGGGUCUAA